AUGGAUUACGGUCACAGCCUGGUGACAGGGGACUACUUUGACUACAACGACACUUCAACCAGAGGCUACGAGCUGAUUGAGCGUUGCGAAGCCAGCGAGCAACAGCUGACCAUCAAGGUCUUCCAGACCUGUGUUUUCCUCCUGGUUUUUCUCCUGGGCCUGCUCGGCAACUCCCUGGUCAUCGCCACCUUUGUUCUCUACCGCCGCCUGCGUCUCCGCUCCAUGACUGACAUCUUCCUCUUCCAGCUGGCCCUAGCCGACCUCCUCCUACUCCUUACCCUGCCCAUCCAGGCUGGGGACACCCUCCUGGGCCACUGGGCCUUCGGCAAUGCCCUGUGCAAGGCAACGCAUGCUAGCUACGCUGUCAACACCUACAGCGGGCUGCUGCUGUUGGCCUGCAUUAGCGUAGACCGCUACAUGGUGGUGGCUCGGACCCAGGAGGUGCUGAGGCUACGUAGCCGCAUGCUGACGGGUGGCAAGCUGGCCUCGCUGGGCGUCUGGCUAACCGCCCUGCUACUUAGCCUGCCCCAGAUCCUCUUCUCCGGGGUGGAAAGAGAACAGGGGGGGGAGGCACACUGCGGCAUGAACGUGUGGGUGGAGGAGAGCUGGCGGGUCAAGACGGCCACCCGCUGUGCCCAGAUUGCCGGCUUCUGCCUGCCCUUCCUUGUCAUGGUAGCCUGCUACUCGCUGAUUGGCCGAGUGCUGUGUGAGGGGCGGGGGGGCUGGCGGCGCCAGCGGACCCUGAGGCUGAUGGUGGUGCUGGUGGCCGUCUUCCUGCUCUUCCAGCUUCCCUACACCGUGGUGCUCUCCCUCAAGGUGGCAGGGCCAGGGGCUGCCAAGCAGACUUGCGAUCAGUGGGCUGCCACACUGCUGAGGGAGUAUGUGACUUGCACCCUGGCAUAUACCCGCUGCUGUCUCAACCCCCUCCUAUAUGCCCUGGUGGGUGUCCGCUUCAGGGGCGACGUUCUGAAGCUGCUCCACGGCGUUGGCUGCCUGUGCUGGGCCAUGUCUGGGCCUCACCUGGAGAGCUGUACCUCGGGGUCACCCACCUCCCUGGGCUUAACCACGCUCUCCCCCCUGCCGCCCACCUCACCUCUGCUCCUACCCCCCGACACCCUGGCACACAGCAUCAAAUAUCAGCUUCCAACAGCAAGCCAUCCCUCUGGCCCGACCAAGGUGUUUCUCUUCCCUAGUAGGCCUACCCUGCCCUCAGAUGGCCUGCUUCAGUCCACUGUCUCCAAAACCAAACCGGUCUAA